CCUCUGCCGGUAUGGCCUCUUUUCAUCCAGUGAGGGCCAAAGCUGGACCUGUGCCUCCCUUCUGUGCAUUCCAUCUCCUGAGGAUAUAAAAAUGCAUGACUUAAAGGCAGAAGCCUAGACUGCUGUGGGAAGACAGGAAUUCUCAUAUAUUGCCAAUAAAAGGGAAUCUGACAAUAGCUACAAAAUCACAGCCAUCUACUUCUGGCAUCACAUACACACCUACACCAGUUAAGACGCUGUAAAUACUACGUAUAUAAGCGCCCUCAUGAGCCCACUGCGUUAAGAGAGACAAGUCGGAGAGAACUCGAGUGCAGCACCUGGUGUUGCUUAGGCAAGGAAGAGUCUGGAAGGGCGAGGGCUGCGGGCACCAAUCCCUGAUCCGCACGCUCCUGGGUAGCACAACCGUCCCGAAGCUGCGGAGUCAAGGACACCCUCGCGCCCCACUGCCACCUGGGUCUGCCUUCCACGCUGCCCCCCUCCCCGCGUCCCGAGGCCUCCCGUCAUACCAUGGCAGUCGCCUCCUCGUCACACGCCUGACUUCACCUCCUCUCAGUGCAACACCACGAGCCCAACUGCCUGCCCUCCACGCUGCGUCCCGCAUCCUGAUUGGCUCGUUGCUCACGCGAAUGCUAUUGGCUCCGACCGCUUCAGGGGGCAGGUCCCAGGUGCCGGCAGCUGGCUUCCUGCUCCUCUCAGCUGCCCAUCAUGGUCAGGGGGCUCCCCAGCACCGCCAGCCUGGCGCGCUUCUGCCAGAAGCUGAACCGACUGAAACCACUGGAGGACUCUACCAUGGAGACGUCACUGCAGCGCUGCCUGUCCACGCUGGACCUGACCCUGCUGGGCGUGGGUGGCAUGGUGGGCUCAGGCCUCUAUGUGCUCACAGGCACUGUGGCGAAGGAAAUGGCUGGCCCUGCGGUGCUCUUGUCCUUCGCGGUGGCCGCCGUGGCCUCCCUGCUGUCCGCCCUGUGUUACGCAGAGUUUGGGGCCCGGUUGCCCCGCACAGGCUCUGCCUACCUCUUCACCUACGUGUCCAUGGGUGAGCUGUGGGCCUUCCUCAUCGGCUGGAACGUGCUCCUCGAAUACCUCAUUGGUGGUGCUGCUGUGGCCCGUGCCUGGAGUGGCUACCUGGACUCCAUGUUCAGCCACCGCAUCCACAACUUCACCCAGGCCCACAUUGGAACCUGGCAGGUGCCCCUGCUGGCCCACUACCCAGACUUCCUGGCGGCUGGCAUCAUACUUUUGGCCUCUGCCUUCAUCUCCUGCGGAGCCCGAGUUUCCUCCUGGCUCAACCACACCUUCUCCGUGGUCAGCCUGGUCCUCAUCCUCUUUAUCGUCAUCCUGGGUUUUAUCCUGGCCCGCCCGCACAACUGGAGUGCUGAGGAGGGGGGCUUUGCGCCUUUUGGCUUCUCCGGCAUCAUGGCUGGCACUGCCACCUGCUUCUACGCCUUCGUGGGCUUUGAUGUCAUUGCCGCCUCCAGCGAGGAGGCCAGGAACCCGAAGCAAGCUGUGCCCAUAGCCAUUUCCAUCUCGCUCGGCCUGGCAGCUGCUGCCUACAUUCUCGUCUCCACCGUGCUCACCCUCAUGGUUCCGUGGCACAGCCUGAACCCUGACUCCGCGCUCGCUGACGCCUUCUACCGGCGGGGCUAUAGCUGGGCUGGCUUCAUCGUGGCAACUGGCUCCAUCUGCGCCAUGAACACUGUCCUGCUCAGCAGUCUCUUCUCCUUGCCACGCAUCGUCUAUGCCAUGGCCAUCGACGGGCUCUUCUUCCAGGUGUUUGCCCGAGUGCACCCCCGGACGCAGGUGCCCUUGGUGGGCAUCGUUGUGUUCGGGGGCCUCAUGAGUUUACUGGCACUGCUGCUGGACCUCGAGGCACUGGUCCAGUUCCUGUCCAUUGGCACACUGCUGGCCUACACUUUUGUGGCCACCAGCAUUCUUGUGCUACGCUUCCAGAAGGCCCCUCCAUCCAGUUCCCCAGGCCCAGCCAGCCCUGGCCCUAGGGUCAAAGAGUACCACUCUUUCUCGGACCACAUACAGCUGGUGGGCACCGAGCAGACCUCAGCCCCCGAGCCCGGGCAGCUGCGGCCAGCUCUGAGGCCCUACCUGGGCUUCCUAGCUAGGUGCAGCCCUGGAGCUGCUGUGGCUUGGGGACUCAGCAUCCUGGUGGCCUCGGCCAUCACCCUGGCCUGUGUGCUGGUCUUCGGGGACUCGGCCCUGCACCUCCCAUACUGGGGCUACAUCCUGCUGCUCCUGUUCAGCUCUGUCGCAUUUCUGCUCAGCCUCCUCGUCCUGGGGGCCCACCAGCAACAGCACCAGCAGGACGCCUUCCAGAUCCCCAUGGUGCCCCUGACUCCAGCCCUGAGCAUCUUCCUUAACAUCUGCCUCAUGCUGAAGCUAAGCUACCUGACUUGGCUGCGCUUCUCCAUCUGGCUGCUGAUCGGACUUGCCGUGUACUUUGGCUAUGGCAUCUGGCACAGCAAAGAGAACCAGCGGGAGCCGCCAGAGCUGACCACGACCCGCUACGUGGUGUUCCCCAGCACCAGCCUGGAGGGGACGGUACAGACCGUGCAGCCUGCCAGCCAGGCGCCCGCCCAGGAGCCCAGCCCCACAGAGCAGCCCGCCGGUCCUUGAAUGGAGCUGGAGGCCUAUCCAUGCGUGUUCUGCCAUCCCCCACAUCCUCAGGAGCCCAGAGGGGCUGGGAGUCCCUUCUGUCCGAGCCAGCUCAGGUUUGCAGGCCUGCCCAUGCUGAGGGGUCCUCGAGACCUUGGGGCCUUAGCCCAAGUGCCUAGUUUGGGGAUGAGGGGAGUGGGCCAUGGCCAGUGCCACUGGGGUGAAUAUUUUGCCCAGCACCUUCCUGCUCAUGAGCCAUUCCAGCU